AUGUCCAGCACGCGAGUCUCAUCCGCUGACGCAUUCGAAUCGCACGGCCCCACGGUCCUCUCUUCUGCCGCACUCGGCCUAACGUCGGGUUCAGGCUCGGGGGCCAGCGCCGCACUGGCUGCAGCUUCGGCAUCAGGCUCAGGAGCAGGUUCGGUGAAGCUGAUUUCCGUGGUCGGCGAGGCUGGUAACCUGGUUUCGCAGGGAAUCGCGUGUGCGCAUGGCGACGGGAGGGGCGGGAAGCGCGCCAAGUACAUGGAGAAGCAUCAAGCGGAGAAGCAUUUCGCGGAGAAGCAUCACACGGGCGGGAUCAGCUUCCAGAUCGAUUCCGCCGUCACCCCUUCCGCCCCGCCUGCGCCCAUGGCGCCUCCGCCUGACCGCAUCUCCGCCAAACACGCCGCAAAGCCCGCCGCUUCUGGCGGUGGUUCGGUGCAUGUUUCUCUCGAUCGCGCCACCGCGCCGCAUGCUUCAACGCCGGGGGAGCCGGUGGCUGCGACGCUUGCGGACUGUCGCCCCCCGUACAGUCACAUCCCACAUUGUCACAAUGAAGGCAGCGGGGAGGAUCAGCUGCCCCCGUUAGUGUCACGCGAGGCUGUCGCGGAGGCGAGCCCGCUCGGGCUGACGCUUCGCAAGACGCCGUCGCUGGUGGAGUUCAUUUCGCACAGACUGUCGGAGGGCGCUGGCGACACUACUGGCGACGCUCCUGGCGACGCUGCCGACGACGGAGCGGGCGACGGUUCUGGCGACAUGGAUAUGAUAGAAGAGGCGCGGACGGGCGUACCGAGCGGCGGAGAAGGAGGAGAACCCGCGGGGCCGGCGCACACGAAGCGCGGAAGCGACGCGCAGCGGACGGCACGCGGGAUGGGCGGAGGGGGGAUGAACAGCAGCAGCAGCAGUAGCAGCAGCGAGGCGGAACUGGACGGCAGGGGAAUGGCGCAGGGCAACAGCGCUCGGGGGAAUGGAAUCCGCGAGCGGGACGGGCCUGUCCGCCCGGGUAGCGCUCCGGCGCACCAGCGCGCGCAGGACCAGGGGCGCGCGCAGGGCAAGGGAAUCCCGGCGCUAGUGGCGUUCGGCGGAGGUGCAACCGCGGUGGACGGGGCUUUCGCGUCCCCCGACGGCGCGUCCGCACUGAUGGCGGAGGGCGCACUCGCGUCGUUCAGCGCGCCGUUCCCGGCACUGCCGGCGCCGGCGGCGGACAAGCUGAAGGCGUCCAACUUCCCCGCCACGCGCAUGACCAUCGGCUCCUGGGAGAGGCGCAGCAAGUACGAGGGCGACCUGGUGGCCAAGUGCUACUUCGCGAAGCGCAAGCUGGUGUGGGAGGUGCUGGAGGGCGGGCUCAAGAGCAAGAUCGAGGUGCAGUGGGGCGACAUCGCCACGCUGCACGCCUCCACCGCCAAGGGCCAGCCCGGCGUGCUCGAAAUCGAGGUGUCGCGUCCCCCCCAGUUUUUCAAGGAGAUGAAUCCACAGCCGCGCCGCCACACGCUCUGGCAGUCCACUCCUGACUUCACCGCCGGCCAGGCCAACUCCUUCAGGCGGCACGUGGUGGAGUUUGCAGAGGGAGUGCUGAACAAGCACCUGCACAAGCUGCUCGCCUCCGACCCGCGCCUCAGAGACCUCGCCCAUGGCACCUCCGCACACCACACCCACCCCGGGCAGCACGGGCAGGGCGGGCAAGGCAGCGCGCACAUGGGCAUGCAUGCGCGCACCCACGCGCACGCAUACGGCAGAGACGUGCUGCAGAGCUCGCCUCACAAGGCACGCGUGGGAGCCAUGGGAGCGAUGGGAGUGGUGGGGGCAGGUGGGGCGAUGGAGGGGGUGAUGAGCUACGGCCACGGCAAGCCCACUGCCCCGCACGGUGCUCUGCCGUAUGGCUCACCUGCCGCGCUUGCAGACCCGCUCCUGCCCCUCGCGCACGCCCACGGCCCUCCCCAUGCACGCACGCAUGGCAGUGUGUAUCCCCGUUCUCACUCCCACGCCCACUCCCAUGUGCAUGCGGGUGCGGAUGGGAGGGGGAGCAGUGUGGGCGAGGAGGGGGAGGUGGCAGGGCGGGGGAAGGCAAGGCAGGGAGCAGCACACGUGGCGCCACCCUACCCCAUGCUGCCUGCGGGCUUCUUCCCGCCUCCGCCCCUGCCUCAGGUAGGCUCUCGUGUUUCCCUCUUCACUUCUCUCUUCUCCCUCAGGUAG